UGGUAGCUGUCUUUAAAGAGAAAAAAAGAAAAGAAAAGUUAGAUGAGAUUGAUCAAAGAAAGUACUGACUUUGAUUCAUUGAUAGCCAAUGCCCACUACCAUCAACCCUCUUGCCAUUAACUACUGUUAGACAAAGAGAGUAAAGGCCACAACAUGUGAGAUAUCUUAAACUUUACAAUCCAUCCGGAUCAAAAAUGUUUGCUUGAUGACCCCAUUUGCUUUUCCAUUGACAAAUCAAAUUUAUUGCUUGAAGAAAGAAGAUGAAGGAGAUGAUGAUGUUAAUGAUGAUUAGAGAUCAGAAUCAAAUCGACUCAGAUCAAGAACCAAUUACUAAUACAAGUAGUAGUACAAGCUGGAAGCUUUAUGAAAACCCAUAUUAUUACCCAAAAAACAAAAGCAACAACCAUCUUAAUCUACAUUAUCAACAGCAUCAUCAACAGCAUCAUCAACACCACCAUCACAUUCAUCUCCCUGUUUCUGCUCGUCAAGUUGCUUCUUCAUUUUCUGAUUUCACAUUUUUUCAAUCAAUAAUGGUUUCUCAAUUGGAAUCAGCUAAAUCUCAGAUCAAACAAUUGAAAUCUGAGCUUGAAUUGGAGAAAAAACUCAGAAGAAAAGUUGAGUCAUUGAAUAAGAAACUAAGUAAAGAACUAACAGAACAGAGGAAACAGAGAGAAUCAUUACAAUGUCUUUGUGAAGAACUUGCUGAAGAAAUUGCUUGUGAUAAAUCUGUAAUUGAUGAAAUGAAAAUGAAUAUGGAAGAAGAAAGAAGAAUGUUGAGAAUGUCUGAAGUUCUAAGAGAAGAAAGAGUUCAGAUGAAACUUUCUGAAGCUAGGAUUGUGUUUGAAGAAAAGUUAUUAGAGUUGGAAUUUCUCAAACUUGAGAAAUUUAGAGAAAAUUCUUCCAAUGAAGAAGUGGGUUUUUGUCAGAAAUCUUCUAUUCUGAAUCUGAAGAAGAACAAUAAUGACAAUGGGGGUGUUAUUGUCAGAUCGACAAAUCAUAGAAAAUCUGCAUCUUCUUCUUGUUCUGAAAGUGAAAAUCCUCAUAUAAAAAGAGGGAUAAAAGGGUUUGUUGAAUUUCCAAGAGUUGUUAAAGCAAUUAGUAGUUUAAGAGGUAGACAAUUAAUGGGGGUUUCAAAUAAGCUUGAGAAUCCUCAGAAGAGUCAACUUCAAUUCUUGCUUAGAAGACAAAAGAGUAGUCCUUUCAGUAGAGCUAACAAUCUUUUUAUGGCUUGAUCUUCUUCAAUUCAAUCUCAGUUUCUAUGUUCAGUUGCAAUUUCUUCUGUUUCAUCAUUUGUUUCUGUACAAACCAAAGUUGUAAUAAGACACUGGAAGAGGAAAAAGGUUUUUCUAUGCUUCAAUUAUGAGAUUCUGUGAAAUUUUUGGUAAUUA